CAUCUUCAGCGAUACCUACGUCAUCCUUGGCCUCAGAUCAAAGCUGCGCCAACCGUCUUAUCCCGCGAGCAAGCUCACGGGCGGUGACUCGACCCGGAAUCCUUCGACAUCCACACGCCCUCUCUUUACCCAUCGCCGCCGAGAGAUCGGAACGUACACCGAGAGAGUGAGAGAUUGGAGAGAUGGGAUACAUUCUCCGAGCUCUCCGGCGCUCCAAGCCCUUUCUCCAGUCCAACCUCUCUCGCCUUAGGCUUCCGUCCCCCAAAAACCCUACCUCAUUCCGGUACAUCUCCUCCACCCCGGAUCUCCAAAAGCCCGAGUCCUCCGCCGAGGUGGCGGCGGAGGAAGCACCGGCGCCGCGGACGCCUGUCGGCGGAGCUCGGAUUCACUUCCUCAAGCCCGACGACGCCGUCGAGGUCUUCGUUGAUGGGUACCCUGUCAAGAUCCCCAAGGGCAUGACCGUCCUCCAGGCCUGCGAGGUCGCCGGCGUCGACAUCCCCCGUUUCUGCUACCACAGCCGCCUCUCGAUCGCUGGAAACUGCCGCAUGUGCCUCGUCGAGGUCGAGAAGUCUCCCAAGCCCGUCGCUUCUUGUGCCAUGCCGGCCCUUCCAGGGAUGAAGAUUAAGACGAAUACACCGGUGGCCAAGAAGGCGAGGGAAGGGGUGAUGGAGUUCCUGCUGAUGAACCAUCCGCUGGAUUGUCCGAUCUGUGAUCAGGGAGGGGAGUGCGACCUUCAGGACCAGUCGAUGGCCUUUGGGUCCGACCGUGGUCGGUUCACGGAGAUGAAAAGGUCGGUUGUUGAUAAGAACUUGGGCCCUUUGGUGAAGACGGUGAUGACUCGAUGCAUCCAAUGCACAAGGUGUGUGAGAUUUGCUACUGAGAUAGCUGGUGUUCAGGACCUUGGCAUGCUAGGUCGUGGUAGUGGAGAGGAAAUUGGGACAUAUGUAGAGAAACUUAUGACAAGCGAGCUCUCUGGAAAUGUGAUAGAUAUCUGCCCGGUGGGAGCUCUCACUUCUAAACCAUUUGCUUUCAAAGCUAGAAACUGGGAGUUAAAGGGUACGGAGAGUAUUGAUGUCACUGAUGCAGUUGGGUCAAACAUAAGAAUCGAUUGUAGAGGUCCUGAAGUCAUGCGCAUCCUUCCACGUCUGAAUGAGGAUAUUAAUGAGGAAUGGAUAUCUGACAAAACGCGAUUUUGUUAUGAUGGCCUUAAGAGACAAAGAUUAAGUGACCCUAUGAUUCGUGGUCCUGAUGGACGAUUUAAGGCAGUAACUUGGCGCGAUGCCCUUGCUGUGGUUGCUGAGGUUGCAUAUCAAGUUAAACCUGAGGAAAUUGUUGGAAUUGCUGGCCAGCUUUCUGAUGCUGAAUCAAUGAUGGCACUGAAAGAUUUCUUGAACAAAAUGGGUUCAAAUAAAGUAUUAUGCGAAGGGAAUGGCUUAAGUCCUCAAGCAGACCUACGCUCUGGUUACCUUCUGAACACAAGUAUUGCUGGUCUUGAAAAGGCAGAUUGUUUCCUCUUGGUUGGUACUCAGCCAAGAGUAGAAGCUCCCAUGGUAAAUGCUAGAAUACGGAAGACAGUUAGAGCAACUCAAGCAAAGGUGGCCUACAUUGGCCCCCCAUCCGACUUCAACUAUGACCACCAGCAUCUGGGUACAGGUCCCCAGACCCUCAUUGAGAUUGCUGAAGGCCGUCAUCCUUUUUGCUCAGCACUACUGUCUGCGAAGAACCCAGCCAUUAUAGUUGGGGCUGGAUUGUUCGAACGCAAGGACAAGGAUGCCAUAUUUUCAGCUGUUGAAACCAUAGCAAAGUUUGGUAAAGUCAUAAGACCUGACUGGAACGGCCUCAGUGUCCUACUCCUUAAUGCUGCUCAAGCUGCUGCACUCGACCUUGGCCUCAUAUCCAAUCCCACUGACAGCAUCCAAUCUGCAAAAUUCCUAUAUCUGAUGGGAGCAGAUGAUGUGAGCUUAGAAAAGCUUCCAGAUGAUGCAUUUGUAGUUUAUCAGGGACACCAUGGUGACCGCAGUGUUCACCGAGCCAAUGUCAUUUUCCCUUCUGCGGCAUUCAGCGAGAAAGAAGGCACAUAUGAGAACACUGAAGGUUGUUCACAGUGGACGGUCCCAGCAGUUCCCACGGUUGGUGAUGCAAGGGAUGAUUGGAAGAUCAUUCGGGCACUUUCGGAGGUGGCUGGGGUCCGGCUGCCUUAUGAUAACCUUGGAGCUGUAAGGGCCCGCAUAAGGAUGGUUGCCCCCAAUCUACUGCAUGUGGAUGAGAGGGAGCAAUCAACUGUUUCUGCAGCGUUGAAGCCAGAGUUCCACCAACAGAUUAGUUUAUCUCCGUUUGGCACUGCUGUGGAGAACUUCUACAUGACAGAUUCAAUCUCUAGAGCUUCGAAGAUUAUGGCACAAUGCAGCUCGGCGCUGUUGAAGAAGUGAAUUUAGUUUUUUAGGGGUCACUGCUGGUCCGACACGCCAGAUACUUUCGGCUGUCUUAUCCAUGCUGUGCUUAUAAAAGGCGGCCAAAUUAUACUAUGUUCUCCCUGUUUUGCAAUGUGAAAAGGCAGAGCCACUGAAUAAGCUAAAGGCUAUUUCUGAGAUAGCACACUCCAGUCAGAAACUGUGCUUUGUGUUCUAUUAUCCUUGUUGGCUGAUCUUUGUCGACGCAGAAGAAUUGGGACUCUUUUCUAUGUAUGAAAUCACUAAUUUUCUUAAAAAAAUACAGAUUUUGAGCAAGGGAAAUGGCG